GAAGCACUGUGGAUACAGCCUCCCUGGCCUCUGUUCCAAAGAAGACGGCCCACUUAACAACUCUGGAUUCUCGCUGGUGUGGCCGGUGCCCCAGAUUUCUCCCUGGAAUGGGUCUUGGGGAAACCUUCUUCAGCACAGGCUUGUCCCUGCUCCAGGUUCAAGAGGGAGGAUAAGGCAGGGCUGUGAGCAGCUCACUUGGACCUAUCCCAUGGGCUUCUCCCCAUACCGCCAACAUCCUCAUGUGCCUGGCUGGAGCUGCUGCAUAGCUUCCCAAGGAUGAGUGGUGAUGUUCUCUAGCUACACCUAGCAGCAUCUCGGCUUUCUCUGGAUGCACAGCAGCUGACCUGGACUUGGGACUUUCUCCGAGAUAGACAGUACUGGCAGUCAGAUAUGACUGUCCAGAAACUUGUGGCCACAGCUGUGCUGGUGGCCCUUGUCUCCCUCAUCCUCAACAAUGCAGCAGCCUUUACCCCCAACUGGGUGUACCAGACGCUGGAGGAUGGACGCAAGCGAAGUGUGGGGCUGUGGAGGUCCUGCUGGCUGGUGGACAGGGGUAAGGGAGGCACAAGCCCUGGGGCCCGAACUGGGCAGGUGGACACACAUGACUGUGAGGUGCUAGGAUGGGGCUCUGAGUCAGCAGGUUUCCAGGAGUCUCGAGGCACCGUCAAACUGCAGUUUGACAUGAUGCGUGCUUGCAACCUGGUGGCCACAGCCGCACUUGCAGUGGGCCAGCUAACCUUCGUCCUUGGGCUGACGGGCCUGCCCCUGGUGUCACCAGAGUCUCAGUGCUGGGCGGAGGCAAUGGCUGCGGCAUUCCAGCUGGCAAGCUUUGUGCUGGUCAUCGGACUGGUGACCUUCUACAGAAUUGGUCCUUACACCAACUUAUCUUGGUCUUGCUACCUGAACAUUGGUGCCUGCCUUCUGGCCACACUGGCGGCUGCGAUGCUCAUCUGGAACAUUCUUCACCGAAGGGAGGACUGCAUGGCACCCCGGGUGAUUGUCAUCAGCCGUUCUCUAACAGCACGGUUUCGCCGUGGCUUGGAAAAUGACUAUGUGGAGUCUCCAUGCUGAGAACACCCUUAUUGGGACUUUCUCUAUGAAUAACCACUGUAACUUCAUAGUCUAGAAACAAAUAGCCUGUCCUAGGCUCUGCUUGUGCAGAGGUGUGGGGCAAGUCUGGGUUACCUAUAUAUACAUAUGUAUGAUACUUAUGUACAUUUAUUAUGUUACAUAUGAAUAUAUUAUGUGUCUACA